AUGGAACCUGAUCCCGAUCUAGCCCGAACAGUGAAGGAGAAGUUGAAGGACUACAUUGCGAAAGGCUAUGUUCGUAAACUCACUACCGAAGAACUGUCAGAAAGUCAUGAACGCAUCUGGUACCUGCCGAUCUUCUUAGUAACGAACCCCAACAAACCUGGGAAGUUGAGACUCGUCUGGGAUGCAGCGGCGACGUUGAAUGGAGUAUCUCUGAAUUCGGCAUUGCUCACUGGACCAGAUUUGUUGGAACCCUUGAUACACGUUCUCUACAAAUUCCGCGGGCGACGUUUUGCGAUUUGUGGUGAUAUACGCGAGAUGUUUCACCAGGUCGCAAUCCGCAGGGAAGAUCAGCACAGUCAACGAUUCUUUCUGAGAGACGACUCGUCUCAUAAUGAACCCAGCACGUACGUCAUGCAGGUGAUGACGUUUGGUGCAUCCUGCUCCCCAGCGACAGCUCAGUUCGUAAAAAACCAGAACGCAGAACGCUUCAACGAACAGUAUCCCGAAGCCUCACGAGCAAUUGUACGGUGCACAUAUGUCGAUGAUAUGCUGAGCAGCACAGAAACGGAGCAAGAAGCAAUUGAUCUGGCAAAAUCCGUCUGGUUCGUGCACAAUGAGGGAGGAUUUGAAAUUCGGAAUUGGAUGUCCAAUUCUCCCAAAGUUCUGGAAGCGCUUCGUGGUGAUCCAAGCACCGAGAAAAGUCUCGACCUGGCAUCAACUCUUGCAACUGAAAAAGUGCUUGGUAUGUGGUGGUGUACGCAAACCGACUGCUUCACGUACAAAAUAAACUGGAGAAGACUCGGAGAGGACCUGCUAAGUGGCAAACGUUUUCCCACGAAGCGUGAAGUGCUUCGCACUAUGAUGUCCAUCUACGAUCCAUUAGGCUUAAUUUCGCACUACCUCAUCUUCCUGAAAGUGCUGCUGCAAGAAAUUUGGCGAACAGGCGUAGGAUGGGAUGAGAAGGUGAAUCAGCAAAUCUUCAACAAAUGGCAAAUGUGGCUGAAGCUUCUUCCUGGAAUUGAGCGUUUACAAAUUCCCAGGUGUUAUCGACUUCAAACAUCACUCGAACAGCACACACUAGUACAGCUACACACUUUCGUCGACGCCAGCGAAAAUGGAAUGGCUGCUGUGGCGUACCUACGAUUCGAAGAAGCCGGCACAGUCGAAUGCUCGUUAGUUACCGCGAAGACCCGUGUUGCUCCACUUAAAUAUCUCACUAUCCCCAGAUUAGAGCUUCAAGCGGCACUUAUAGGAGCUAGGCUGGCGCAGUCCAUCUUACGUGGUAUAGAUCUCGAUGUGUCCCGUUGUGUUUUUUGGACGGAUUCAAGAAACGCACUCUCAUGGAUAUGUGCAGAUCACCGACGAUACAGUCAGUUUGUGGCUGCACGAGUUAGCGAAAUAUUGGAUCUGACGGCAGUUUCCGACUGGAAAUGGGUUCCCACUAAGUGGAAUGUAGCUGAUGAAGGAACUAAAUGGCAGCGACAACCAUCUUUCGCAAACGCUAGUAGGUGGUUUCAAGGGCCUGAAUUCCUUUGGCAACAAGAAGCAGAUUGGCCAAUGAUGCCUGUCCGUAUUGCGGAGACUGCAGAGGAGCUACGUGCCAACGUUCACAUUCAUUAUGAAACGGCAAAGUUGGAGUUUCCAUUCAACAAUUUUCGGAAUUGGAGAAAGCUGGCUCGUUCGACAGCAUAUAUUUUUCGGUUUAUCAGAAACACCCGUCCCAAGGGGUUCUCUCGAAUGGAUGGUGGUCUGACAAUGGAAGAAAUCCAACAUGCAGAGAACUUCCAUAUUCGCACCACCCAGCAAGAUACGUUUCAGGAGGAGAUAUCAAUUCUUCGUCGCAAAGGAAACGACGCUGCGCUUCCCAAACGAAGCCCUUUGUUCAAAUUGGUUCCCUUCCUUGACGAUCAAGGAAUACUACGCAUGAAAGGCAGGACAGGAGCAUGCAAGUACGUUUCACUGGACGCAGUCAAUCCCAUCAUCCUUCCGCGUGAUCACCCGAUAACGCACAUUAUCAUACGGACUUACCACGAUAAAUUUCACCACCACAACCACGAAUCUGUGAUCAACGAGGUUCGUCAAAAGUUCUGCGUUGCACGGCUCCGUCGGAUGUAUGCCAAAGUUAGAUCCGAUUGCCCGCGGUGCAAAUUGAGGGACGCACGUCCUAACCCUCCAGCAAUGGCAGAUCUCCCUGCAUGCCGACUAGCCGCGUACAGCUGUCCGUUCACGCACACCGGCAUAGAUUAUUUUGGUCCAAUGGAAGUAUCUGUAGGUAGAAGGGUCGAGAAGCGGUGGGGGGUUCUACUAACUUGUCUGACAAUACGCGCUGUCCAUAUUGAAUUAGCUAGCUCUUUAACCACUAACUCAUGCAUUAUGGCGAUACGCAAUUUCAUUGCCCGUCGUGGAACUCCAGCUGCAUUUUAUAGCGACAGAGGCACCAACUUCAUCGGCUCUGAACGUGAGCUAAAGCAGGCCCUAAAGACCAUCAACCAGAACAAGCUGGCACAAGAGUUUGUGAGCUCAAAUACUUCAUGGAGUUUCAAUCCCCCGGCUUCUCCCCAUAUGGGGGGGAGUUGGGAACGGCUGGUACAGUCCGUUAAGCGAACAUUGUAUGAAGUUAAGCCAUCAUCAAGGCCGACCGACGAGGAACUGAAGAACGCGUUGAUAGAAGUUGAAGCCAUCCUAAAUGCACGACCACUUACUCAUGUUCCGCUCGAAGAUGAAGCAGCUCCUGUACUCACUCCAAAUCACUGGCUGUUGGGGUCAUCCAAUGGAUUGAAAGCAUGGUCUCUAUUGGACAGCAACUCUAUCGCAUUAAGACGUGGUUGGCAUCAAUCACAAGCCUUUGCUAACCACUUCUGGAAGAGAUGGAUUCGGGAGUAUCUACCGGACCUAACGAGGCGCAGCAAAUGGUUUCAGAAAGUCGCACCCAUCAAGGAAGGAGAUAUAGUUCUGAUCGUUGAUCCGGAACAUCCAAGAAAUUGCUGGCCAAAAGGACGGGUCAUUGGUACGGUUAACCGAGACGGUCAGGUACGUAAGGUUACCAUUCGAACCGCGAAGGGCGUGUACGAGAGGGCAGCUGUAAACGUAGCGGUUCUUGAUGUCCGAGGCAAGGAGUUAGCAGACUCAGAGGCGGAGUCAGCAAACUAG